AUGCACGCGCCUCUCCCUCUCGCGGCUCUCCUCGUCGGCGGCGUCCUGGCGAUGCCGUUCCCGACGCCAGCGUCGACUACUGUACCGACGUGCGUCUACUCGCCCGCCACGCUCGCGAGGAGGGAGUACGCCGCCGGGAGCCAGCCGUACUUUCCGACCGACAUUCCCAGCUGCGUCGCGUGCGAGCCACAGUGGUCCGGCAUCUCGAGCUGCGCCAAAGCUGCGUCCGCCUUUGAGGACUGGAAGAACACGCUCUACAACCCCCUCUCCUUCAUCGACGCAAUCAAGUGCUCCUCCACCGACACGUUCUCGUCUGCGUUCCCACAAUGCGUCGACUGCUUCGUGCAGACGAACCAGUGCGAGCAGUACCUCGGCGUCCCCUCGCUCGAAGCCAACGCGUCGUCGGUCCUCGACGGCGUGCGCGAGGUCUGCGGGCUCGGCUCGGCGCUCCUCGGCGGCGUCGCGGCGUCCCAGUCGAGCGCCGGGCUCGCGUACACGUACACUGCCGAACCUUCGCAAGGCUUUCCGACGACGACGAGCAUCGGGCCGGGCGGCAUCGACGAUGGCAGCGCUCAGGGAGCGAGCACAGGAGCGUCGACAACAGGAGGAGCGGGGUCGGGCUGGGCAUGGGCUCUCGGGGCCGCUCUCGCUGCGGCGGGAGGACUCGCAGCCGGGUUCUGA